GAGAGAGAGAGGAUCAAUGGAAAAAUGAAGGAAGACGAGAAAGUUGGUACAUCGUCUAAGUCUUCUUCUUCGUCUUCUCUUCCUGUGAGCUACGGAGUUGACAAUGAAAAAUACGACUUCUCUUCCUCUGUUUCAUCUCUGUCGCAACCGUUUUCUCCACAAGGUUCAAGCAACAAGAGUUGUGUUCUUGAAAACAAUCUCUCCUCUGCUUUCUCAUUGGACCAUAACAACAGUUUUCUCACAUUGUCUAGAGAUAGACCAUGUUCUUGUCUCCACCAUGUCUUCGAAUGGAUCCUGCAGAGGUGUUGUGGCUGCCUCUAAGUGUACCUUUGGCUUAACGUGAUAUGGCCAUUGUAGAGAUAACUAUUAAGAGGAGACUCGCAAACAGAAGUAAACACAAUUCACAGCCAACCAAAGCUUAUUCGAAAGACUUAAGCUAUCUUUGCCUAAACGAAGACACAUUGUCGUAGAAGAACCGGUCACGAUAUGUGUGCACUGUGCAUGAUAAUAUUGAGUUGCAAUAUGGAGGUCACGUUCCCAUGAGUUGGGGAUGUGACGUAAUCUUUUACCUCGGAAUCUUGUUUUUAUGUUCUUUUCUUCUUCUUUUAUUUUGGAACAAAGUGUAGUUUGUGUAAGGUAUUGGCAAAGUAUUUAUUUGGUUUUAAAAUGAUGGACCACUACUAUUCAACGGAUUGUUAGAACCAAAACAUUAUCCACAAUCUG